CUAGUGAGCGGAGAGCGCAGCUAGCUGACGCAGCUGCGUCCAGCAACAGUUAACGGCGGAGUCCAGUUAGUCGGAGCUGGGUGUGAGUCACUACGCCUUUAGUGGUUGUAAUUUACAAUGAAGAAAUUAAAAAGGCCCACAUCCUGACGUCCACAUUGUGGUCAAUGACAGUCUGUCGCGGCGUCGGUGACUGACAUGGACGCUAGUGACAAUAAGGAUGUGAAGCUUUCACCUGAAGUGGAACCGUUCAUCCCACAGAAGAAAGGUCUUGAAGGAUCCCUAGUCAGCAUGAGUCUUUCUGGCGAGCCGGGUGGAGGAGGAGGGGGUGGAGGUAUAGGAGGAGGCAGUGGAGGGGUGGAAACCACUCCCAUACCCAGCUACCUCAUCACCUGCUACCCUUUCGUCCAGGAGAGCCAACCCAACAGACAACACCCUAUGUAUAAUGGAGGGGAGCUGCGCUGGCAGCAGCCUAACCCCACCCCUGGUGGUCCAUACCUGGCCUACCCCAUCUUGUCUUCCCCCCAGCCUCCUGUCUCAAAUGACUACGCUUACUACCAGAUUAUGCCUGCUCCAUGCCCGCCUGUGAUGGGCUUCUACCAGCCCUUCCCUGGCACUUACGCAGGGCCAGUGCAGGCCGGAGUGGUCAAUCCCGUCUCUGCAGACGUCAGUGAAAGGCCGCUGCCUCUGGGGCCGACCUAUGGAAUGGCCAGUCAGAGAGGGAGAGGCAUGGUUCGAUCGAAUGUUAUCCCAAAGCAACAUUUGGGUGUGUGUCAGCCUCCAAGGGGUCGCCGGCCUCCAACUAGAAAUGUAGCUGUGCAGAAGGAGGUGUGCACCUUAGGGCCUGACGGUCGGACCAAGACCGUCAUGUUGGUGGAUGCAGCACAGCAGACCGAUUUCCCGGGUGAGGUAUCAGGGCGGUGUGCUGCUGAGCGGGUUAGUCCCCUGCUGUGGAAGAACCGAACAAAGAGAAGACGGGCCUCCCAUCCAGCUGAAAGCUACAACGAGCAGGGCGCCAGUGAGGCCGAUAUAGACAGUGACAGCGGCUACUGCAGCCCCAAGCACAACCAGGCGACUGGGGCGACACAACGAACAGCAGAGACUACAGUAGCACCUAUGGGAGUAGAAGCCGGUGUAAUGACGGUAGCAGGCACCUGGGUGAAUGUAGCAUCUCAGGCUACACCCAAGUCCUGGGGAGACAGAAACGGCCAGUUUCACAGAGCAGAUCCGAGGAAGAAUCCUGAACAGAGAAACUUCUCACAGGAUUUCCACAGUGGUUAUGCAGGGCGAAUGCCGCCCAACCAGUCAGAACCACGUCUCCAGCCAGCAGCCGUCACUGGCACCGAUCUCACUCCAGAGCCUCUCUUCUUCGAGGAUGAAGAUGAGUUCCCAGAUCUUGCAACUGGAGGGGCUGCCCAGCGCAACAACAAACCAGAAACUCCUCCAGCCCAAACACACACACAACCUAAACUGCCCAAAAACCUGCUGGAUAACCUGCCAGAAAACUCCCCUAUCAACAUUGUGCAGACACCCAUCCCCAUCACCACUUCUGUUCCCAAGAGAGCCAAGAGCCAGAGGAAGAAGGCUCUGGCUGCUGCUUUGGCCACUGCACAGGAAUACUCUGAAAUCAGCAUGGAGCAGAAGAAAUUGCAGGAAGCAUUCACCAAAGCAGCAGGGAAGAAGAGUAAAACAUCUGUCGAGCUGGACCUGGGAGACAUGCUGGCCGCUUUAGAGAAACAACAGCAAGCUAUGAAAGCCAGACAACUCACCAAUACCAAGCCAUUGUCUUUUACAGUUGGAACAACUACUCCAUUCCACAGCUCAGGCUCCACCAGCGUGCCGUCCAUGUUGAAGGGUCAUCAGCAGCCAUACUCAGCCUCACAUAACGCCCUGGACUCCACCGCACCCCGCAUCAAGAGGGGAAAGGAGAGAGAAAUCCCCAAAGUCAAACGGCCAACAGCUCUUAAGAAGAUUAUUCUGAAGGAACGCGAAGGAAAGAAGGGGAAGCCAAGUGUAGAACAAGAGUCAUCGGGGCAUGAGGAGCAUGGAGACGAGUGUCUACAUUUUACUGACGAUCUUGCACGAGAGCCUGCCUCCCAAGAAGAGAACGGCCUGAGCGUGCCCAGUGAUGCAUCCCUUUCCCCGGCUAGUCAGAACUCUCCGUAUAGCAUCACCCCGGUGUCCCAGGGUUCCCCUGCCAGCUCUGGCAUUGGGAGUCCCAUGGCUUCAAAUGCCAUCACCAAGAUCCACAGUAGGCGUUUCAGAGAGUACUGUAACCAAGUGCUGAGCAAGGAGAUCGACGAGAGCGUGACUCUCCUGUUACAGGAGCUGGUUCGCUUCCAGGAGCGAGUCUACCAGAAGGAUCCUACUAAGGCCAAGUCCAAACGUCGCCUGGUCAUGGGUCUCAGAGAGGUCACCAAGCACAUGAAGCUGCAUAAGAUCAAGUGUGUCAUCAUCUCUCCCAACUGUGAGAAGAUCCAGGCCAAAGGUGGUUUGGAUGAAGCUUUAUACAAUGUAAUUGCCAUGGCGAGGGAGCAGGAGAUACCAUUUGUGUUCGCCCUGGGCAGAAAAGCUCUUGGACGCUGCGUCAACAAGCUGGUGCCUGUUAGUGUCGUGGGCAUUUUCAACUACUCCGGAGCUGAGGGCCUUUUCAACCGUUUAGUGUCUCUGACAGAGGAGGCUAGGAAGGCCUACAAGGACAUGGUGUCAGCUCUGGAGCAGGAGCAGGCGGAGGAGGCUUUGAAAAAUGACAAGAAGGUCCCACACCACAUGGGGCAUUCCCGAAACCACUCUGCUGCUUCAGCUAUCUCCUUUUGCUCCAUCUUCUCUGAGCCGAUCUCAGAGGUCAAUGAAAAAGAGUAUGAGACCAAUUGGAGGAGUAUGAUGGAGACUUCAGACGCCCUGGAGCCUGUAGAGACUGAGCCGAGUCGCCCUGCACCUUCCACAGCCGCCCAGAGAGACAGUGAGGCAGCCGCCACCAACACCGUCCCACCCAGCUCGACUGCUCCCCAGCCCCGCGCAGCGCCUCCCACGCAGGGUGAGAAAGACGAGGUCCGGGUUGACGACCGGCUGGAGCUGGCCUCACAACAGAGCACCGAGACGGGUUCUUUGGAUGGGAGCUGCAGGGGGCCGCUGAACUCCUCCAUCACUUCCACCACCUCCACCCUGGUCCCGGGGAUGUUGGAAGAGGCAGAGGAGGAGGACGAGGAGGAGGAGGACUACACUCCUGAACCUAUUUCUGUGGAGGUGCCCACCCUGAGCAGCCGCAUCGAAUCCUGGGUGUCCAAGACCCUGGAAAACCUGCAGCUGGGGAAGAGCCAAGAAAGUACGGAAGAGGAGGAGGAAGAGGACGAAGAAGAAGAGGAGAGAGGGCAGAGCGAGGACGAGGAGGAUCUCGAUUCGGCGGACAUCACAGAGACGAGGGUGGAGGGCAAAGAACAAGCGGAGGCGAAGAAAGUCACUGGUUGAAAUCAGUUCUUUUUUUCUCCGUUCUUACAUACAUUCAUUCCCUCUGUUCUGUGUUGAUCUCACGCAUCUUCUUCACAGCAGCCAGCAGCCUUCGUCUCUAACCCCUGACACCAGACAUAAUCUCAGGUAUCCAACCAACUGACCAACGCUCACACGCAAAGCAUUAACAACACGUUACAGAGAAACCGACCAACUUGUAGACACGCAGGGUUACAGACCAACCGACAACUAACACAGCGUGAGGGAUAGUAGGUAACGCUUCCUAAAAAAAGAAAACAUUCAUCUUGUAUUUUAAAAGGAUGCCCUCACUUCUCUGGCCCAUAACCUGCAACACUUGAAUUCAGAGGGAAGCUUUUGAUUUUCCUCCUCCGAAGCUGAACUCUUUUGUUUUUUUUUAAAAGAGUCAGGGACAUUUUGUGGGAGCAAGUGACGAGUGGUUAAAAAAAAAAAGUGUUGAACUGCUGUCUGUAGCUCACAGAGGAGGGAGGUUGGAACCUUUCAGCUCCCAUCUUAACUUACUCAGAGCUCAGAAGGUUUACAGCUCUGCAAGUAUUUGUGUGCUUGUGUGUGUCUUUUAAAAGGCACAUGGUUUGCAUUUAUUUUUGCUGUGUUCAUUGGCUUUAUCUCUGUACAUAAUGUGUGUUUAUUUUCACCUCGACGCUCCACGAGGGAAGGAGAGUUUCUUAAUACCUGCUUGGUUGGUGUUUAGCUUUCAUCACCGAAUAUUACAGUGUCAGGGGUUCCGUCUUUGUACCAAAACCACUCCCACCCGUCAGUCUUCAGAGAGUGUUUUUUAAUGUUCAAAUAAUAAGUGUCUCAUUCUGUAUUCAGAUGAUUCAAAUGACUUAACUUCUAAGAAGCAAAACAAGCUUUGUGAAUAUAACCUUGUCUAGGUGGUUCUACUACAAUAUGUAAUGAUUUGUCAUAUUGAUCUUGCCUAGUGUGAAAAUAUUUGGGGUUGUUCUUUUUUCCUCUGAAUGGAAUUGUCUUGAGUUCCCAGAUGCUGUCUGUGCUUCAUAAAAAAAAAAGAAAGAAAAAAAAGUUCUCCUGUUUCGUUCUCUAGUGUUUGUUCUCUGAUAGGGGGCUCAAAAGCUGACUCUUAGCAAAGCUCCAAGCACCAUUUUUUAUCAGCUUUAUUAUCAACACUGAGAUCUUUUUCCAUCCAGAAAGAAAUGUUGCAAGUGUUGUGGUAAAAUAGAAGCUAGACACAGAACUUCAUAGUAAAGUUAAUAGCAAAGCACUGCGGCCUGUGUGUGUGUAGUUUACAACAACGUGACUGAAUUAGGAAGCUGGAGGACAAGCAGGUGUUCACUGGUUUAAUAAUGCCCUAGAAAAGUCAGUUAUAGUUGCUUAUACCUGAAAUAAAUCGCCGGACACCUCUGCUAGAUUAUUUUUUUUUUGAACAGAUUUUGUAGACAUCCAGCUACAACCGUCAGUCAUAAGUCAGUUCAGCUCCCUCAAGAGGGCUGAGUCCCCACUGUAAGUCAUCACAAAGUCAUGCGCAUACCUUUGUAAAUACAAGUGUACAAAGAGAUUUUGAUUUUGCAUUGUAUUAAAAACAAUACAAUCAUCCUGUUCUUAAAGCCAUUUGAUAGUUUUGACAUUUUAACAGUUGGAAUCCAAUUUGAUAAUGGUAUUUGAUAGUGAAUCAUAGUGAGAUUUCAGCCCGUCAAUAAUGAUGCAGUGUGUAAAAUGCAGUAUGUCGGGCUGUUUGCAAUGUGAAGCCCAACGUGAGGUGGGAGAUGACAGUGUACUGAAUAUCAUACUUGGGAUUAUGAAAGUAUUUUCUAGUUUGAUUAAAGGUACGCUGUGUGUAGGCUUUUUGUUGCUACGACUUCCAUCAAAGUGUUUUGAAGUAUGUUAAUUGACAGCAAGUGUGUUUUUUUGCACUAUGUAAAUACAGUACUGGUAAAGGUCUUGUAACUAAUGUGAACAAAAAAUCAUAAUAGAAGAAAAAGGAAAAAAAACAAACAGACAAAAAAAAAAAAAAAACGGUUUAAUGAAGUACUUUUUAUCAGCGUGUUCCUCGUCUUUGUAUGGAUAUUUAAGACCGUCUCCUUCAGACUGUACAUCACUAGCAACAUUGUUAGAGGCUGUUUCUCAUAAUCCUGUUAUCACUCUUAACCUAUAUGGACUGAUGAUUAACAUCAUUAAAAUGUUGUUUAAGUAAA